GCGGUCCGCGCUCCCGCAGCACCGAGCAGACGCGGCGGAGGUGAGCGCGCGGACGGCGGCUCCAUGUUCACGGACUGCAGCCCGGAGAGAAGCGGCCGCCCGGAGCCCGUCAGCAUGCGGCUCCCGUUCAGCGUCCUGUACCCCGUCCUCUCCCUCGCCGUCUUCGGAUUGUACCCCUCCAUGACGAUCGGCCCGAAGGAGGGCUGGCAGGUGUACAGCUCGGCCCAGGAUGCCGACGGCCGCUGUAUCUGCACGGUGGUGGCGCCGGAGCAGAGCCUGUGCUCCAGAGACGCCAAGAGCAGGCAGCUCCGCCAGCUCCUGGAGAAGGUGCAGAACAUGUCCCAGUCCAUCGAGGUGCUGAACCUGCGAACUCAGAGGGAUUUCCAGUACGUCAUGAAGAUGGAGAACCAGAUGAAGGGCCUGAGGACCAAGUUCAGGCAGAUUGAAGACGACAGGAAAUCCGUCAUGGCCAGAAAUUUCCAGGAGCUUAAGGACAAGAUGGACGAGCUGAAGCCGCUGAUCCCCGUGCUGGAGCAGUACAAGAUGGACGCGGCGCUCAUCUCCCAGUUCAAGGAGGAGAUCAGGAACCUGUCGGCGGUGCUGACGGGCAUCCAGGAGGAGCUCGGGGCCUACGACUACGACGAGCUGUACCAGCGGGUCCUGCGUCUGGACAACAGGCUCCGCAGCUGCAUGGGCAAGCUAACGUGUGGGAAAUUAAUGAAAAUCACUGGACCUGUGACAAUAAAGACAUCUGGAACCCGGUUUGGGGCAUGGAUGACUGAUCCUCUCGCAUCUACCAGAAACAACAGGGUGUGGUACAUGGACAGUUACACCAACAGCAAGAUUGUGCGCGAGUACAAGUCGAUGGAUGAAUUUGUGGCGGGGGUGGUGUCGCGAACCUACAGCCUGCCGUUCAAGUGGGAGGGAACCAACCACAUCGUGUACAACGGGUCGCUGUACUACAACAAGUACCAGAGCAACAUCAUCGUCAAGUACAGCUUCGAGACGGGCAGCGUGCUGGCCCAGAGGGCGCUGGAGUUCGCCGGCUUCCACAACAUGUACCCGUACACGUGGGGCGGGUACUCGGACAUCGACGUCAUGGCCGACGAGCUGGGGAUGUGGGUGGUCUACGCCACCAACCAGAACGCCGGGAACGUGGUCAUCUCCCAGAUCGACCCCGACACGCUGCAGGUCCUGAAGACCUGGACCACCGAGUACUCCAAAAGGAACGCCGGCGAGUCCUUCAUGAUCUGCGGCACGCUCUACAUCACCAACUCCCACCUGUCAGGGGCCAAGGUUUACUACGCCUACUCCACCAAGACGUCCAGCUAUGAGUACAUAGACAUCCCGUUCCACAAUCAGUACUUUCACAUCUCCAUGCUCGACUACAACGCUCGGGAGAGAGCGCUGUACGCCUGGAAUAACGGACACCAGGUGAUAUUCAACGUCACCCUGUUCCACGUCAUAAAAACCGACGACGACUCCUAAACGUGAUUGUUUUUCAAACUGAAGCACCAUGGCUGUGACGCGACGACGUACGGAUUGAACCACUCUUUGUUUCAGCAGAUAGGGACUGCUGUGAUCCUGACUCGUCAUUACUUGAACUUUUCUAAUGGAUUCUCGGCGAACUCGAGCAUGGAGACCAAUGACUCACUACUUUAUUUAUUUAAUUUUUUUUUUUUUUUUUUUAACGAUUUCCCAUUGCUGCUGAUCGGACAGGUCUGCCUUACUUGCUAAUUGUUGGAUCUGCCGGCUGAAGACUCCUGACAGCUUUUGCAUGAAUGUUGACAUUUUGUCUGCAGUGACUCGCUGUGACCUUGUACCGCUGUGUUUCUGUUGCCUACUCACAGUGUUUGCUUUCAUUGUCGAUUUCAAUGUGUAUUUAAAGGUAUUUAAACUACUGCAUAUUUGCUACCAUAAGCUAAGUGGUUAUAAAAUAUAGUGGCCCUUCUUUUGAGGACAACUCUGUAAGAUUUUGCCAUGACAUCCGUCUCUGUGGAAA